AGGUGGCCGAGAUGGAGGGCCACGCGGCGCUCGCCGAGGCCGACCUGGGGCUUGCGCCAUCCCCGGAGGCCGCGGAGGACGCCGCCUUCCUCGGCGGCGCGGUGGACUUCCUGGCGGAGAUGGCGGCGGACGCCGCGCCCGAGGGGCCCCAGGAGGUGUCGAGGAGCCUGGUCUCUGGGCCCAGGGGCGCGUCCGGCGCCGGGGCUGCCGAGGACAUGGAGGUCGAGGGGGAGCCUGCGCAGGCACUCCAGGAGGCCCAGGCGCCGCAGCAGAUGGACCUCUCGGCCGCGCCGGCGGAGGAGGAGGCCGCAGGGCAGUCGGCCGCGCCGGCGACGGGGGACGAGGAGGCGAGCCUUGCGGAGGCGGCGAUGCAGGCCAUGCUGGCGGGCGACAUGGACAGGUACGCCGCCCUGAACGUCCAGCUGGAGGC